GAGGAGCUUUGGACUCUGUCUCCAAGAUCUCUCUCUUCAACAAUUCUCUUCCUCAACUUAAGCCAUCCAAGACGGGAUAAAACUUUAACCACUCUUCAGCUUCAGGGCAUCCAUCACACCAGUGGCUCCACAGAAGCCAGCAUUUCUUGGGGAUGAGCGUGGAAAUGGGUUUCAGCAAAAAAACAACCCUGUGAGGCAACACGAGCUCUUGGCAAAAUUCGAACGGUGGUUUCACUUCAGGUGGAAGGUGCCGGUGUCUUUUGCAAUCCCAGGGUAGAGCUGAUUCCAAGCGGUGAUUCGAGGAACCAGCAGCCAAGUGCCAGAAAAGCCCUUCUUAGGAAACCGGGGCCUCAAGGAUUCCCCAACAGCUGAUUUCUUCCACAAAUUGCCCGACUGAUGAGCUAAUUGCCUUCUUCCAAGUCCGGUCACUGGAAUUACGUUGGUUGGAUGGCAGAGUUCUGGGCCUGGCUUCCAUAACCCAGCGUUUGAUCUCGGCACAACGGCUAUCGACCUGGAAUUGGUACUGAUGAGUCGUUGACACAGACUCGCUCUGGCCAAUUGUUUCCCAGCUCUCAUCCAUCUCAGAAAACACCAAAGCUCCCAGGCUUGGCAUCAUGAGUUUCCCAGAGCUUUUGAACCAGGUGGGAGGCAUGGGACGUUUCCAAGUGCUCUACGUCAUCUUCUUGAAUGUCCCGGUGUUGAUGCUGGCUUGUCACGCUGUACUGCAGAACUUCACUGGGGGGUCUACUGACCAUCACUGCCAAAUUCACAGCAAUACCAGCAACGUUUCUCUUGUUAACAUGGCCCAAAACCUCAGCAGCCAGGACCUGUUGAGGAUUUCCAUCCCCGUGGAUGAGAACCAGAGACUGGAGAAGUGUCGCCGCUUUGUUACCCCACAGUGGUGGCUCUUACAACCCAACGCCAGCAUGUCCAACACAACCGUGGUAGAAACAGAGCCCUGCAUUGAUGGGUGGGUCUACGACAAGAGUGUUUUCCCCAGCACCAUCAUCAUGGAGUGGGACCUCGUAUGUGACUUCUGGAAGCUAAAGCAGAUGGCUCAGUCAAUCUACAUGGCAGGGGUCCUUGUCGGAGGCAUUGUUUUUGGGGGACUCUCGGACAGGUUUGGCCGCCGGUCGCUGCUGAUUUGGUGUUACCUGCAGAUGGCCUCCAUGGGCGCCGCGUCCGCCUUCUCCCCCAGCUUCUCCGCCUACUGCGUCUUCCGUUUUCUGACCGGCAUGGCCUUCUCGGGCAUCGUGUUGAACUGUGUGUCGCUGUGCCUGGAAUGGACACCCACCCACAUGCGAGCCAUUGUGGGCACCUUGAACGGUUACUGCUACACCCUCGGGCAGUUCUUCCUUGCUGGCAUGGCUUAUGCCCUGCCAGAUUGGCGCUGGCUUCAACUCACGGUGUCCUUGCCCUAUUUUAUCUUCUUCCUCUACUCCUGGUGGUUCACGGAGUCUGCCCGCUGGCUGGUCAUAACUGGCAAGCCCAACCGGGCCGUGAAGGAGCUCAAACGAGUGGCCAGGAUAAACGGCAAGAAGGAAGAAGGAGAUAAACUGAACGUAGAGAUCUUGAAAUCCAAUAUGCAGAAAGAAAUGUCCUCCGUAAAAAACACCCACACCAUCGCUGACUUGGCGCGGACACCUGUGGUUCGCCGGAUCUCUCUCUGUCUCUGCUUUGUGUGGUUCUCCACCAGCUUUGCCUACUACGGCCUGGCCAUGGAUCUCCAGAACUUCAACGUUGACAUCUAUGUGAUCCAGCUCAUCUUCGGAGCUGUGGACAUCCCAGCCAAGCUUGUUUCUGUCCUCACCAUCACUUUUAUUGGGCGCCGGUUCACCCAGGCUGCUGCCCUCAUCCUCGCCGGGCUCUCCAUCCUGGCCAACAUCUUCGUGCCACAAGAUCUCCAGACUCUACGCACCAUCAUGGCCGUCUUUGGCAAGGGCUGUCUUGCCGCCUCCUUCAACUGUGUCUAUAUCUUCACAGGAGAAUUGUACCCCACAGUGAUCAGGCAGACGGGGAUGGGCCUUAGUAACACCAUGGCACGUAUCGGGAGCAUCACAGCACCCAUGGUGAAGAUGCUGAGCGAGUACUUCCCCUCCUUGCCUCUCAUCAUCUAUGGAGCAGCCCCCAUCAUCUCUGGCAUCGCUGCCACUUUCCUGCCGGAGACCCGCAACGUGCCGCUGCCCGAGACGGUCGAGGAAGUGGAAACCAGGGCAAAGCAACUGAGAGAGGAAGAACAGCAGAUGAAAACCCUCCUGGCCCCUGCCAAGCCAGACCCAGCCUCAGAAGCUGGCGAGAAGCAGCUGUAGCCACCAUAGGGUAAAGGAUUUUCCACGAAGUGCCAAGUGACUUAGGAUCCUACGUGCUAUUUUAAUACGCCACAGACAAAAAACCCAGGACCCGCCAAUGGAAGAUUUGCCCUGGGCUCACCGUGAACACAGGAAGUUCUCUGCAGACACGACCGUGCCACCUCUGAGCCAUCCCCCAUCAUACAGUGUCUUGGUUGGCUGACUUUAAGAGUAGGGAUAAAACCCAGGCAUCCUGGCUCCCAGCGCCUCAAUGCUCAAACCACAAGAUCCCAAGUUCCUCCCAGAGCCAGGGGUUGAACCCCGACGUCCUGGCUCCCUGGCCAUAUUGCUAUAGGCACCAAACAUCCUUCUUCAGCCAGAGCUGAGGCUAGACCCCAGGAGGCCUGGCUCCCAGCCCCUCUGCUCUAACUCACUGGCCACCACUCUUCUCUGAUAGCUGGAGGGAGAACCCAGGAGUCCAGGCCCAGACCAUACUGCCCCACUUACUAAACCCCAGGCCCCAGUCUGAACUGGGGAUAAAAUCCAGGGCUCCUGGCUCCCAGCCCACCACUGCUCUAGCCACUCCACUCCACACCUCUACAGAACCGCAGACCUAUCGCCCUGCAUCCCUGGUUCGCAACACCAGACCCCAUUCCCCUCCCAGCUUGGGGAAUGGCACCCAGGUGUCCUGGCUCCAGGCUCCCCAUUGCUCCAACCCACCAGCCCCCAAUUCCCCUCCCAGAGCUGGAGAUAGAGCCCAGGUGUCCUGCUUUAACCCACUGGACCCUGCUUCCUCCCGAAGUGGGGAGAAAACCUAGGCAUCCCAAGUCCCGGUCUCCAGUGCUCCAACCCACCAGCCCCAACCCCUUUCCAGAGCUGGGGAGAGAACCCAGGCAUCCGGGCUGCCAGAUCUGCUCCCCUAAAUCCAGUCCAAUGCCAAAUGACUUCCACAGAUGGGUUACCUCUUGGCCCUUUAUCUACACUCAAUGUUAAGUCCUAGAACCAUGGAAGAGACAGGUUAGAAGGGCUCUGGGGAGGUCACCUCUAGUCGAACCCCUGCUGAGGCAGGAUCAGCCCUUUCUGAACCACUUUAAAUCCAUCGUAAGGGAAGACAGUGGAUCUUUCCUCUUUCCAGAGAGAGUUAAUGGGCUGAGAAGAUGCUUUGUGUGUAGGGGGGGACAAAUAAUUCCUAAGCCCUACCUGGCUUUGGCACCUGGUAGUUGGGUAACAGCAUCUAUUUAUUGUACAAAGGAAAUGCUCCAGUGAAUAAAGCUGUUUAUAUGGCC